GAUUUCUUCUUCAUAAGUCGUUUCAGCUCAGAAAACUGCAACUUGUUAACUGUUCUCUCUCUUUUCUGUGGAUUUCAAUUUUCAUCCGAUCCAAACAUGCCUCUGGGAACGCUUGAAGUUCUUCUUGUUGAUGCCAAAGGCCUCGACAACAAUGAUUUUCUGGCUGACAUGGAUCCCUAUGUCCUUUUGACUCUAAGGACCCAAGAGAAGAAAAGCAAUGUGGUCUCAGGGCAAGGAUCUGCACCAGAAUGGAAUGAAACCUUUGUAUUUACAGUCUCUGAUGAUGUCUGCGAACUUCAUUUGAAAAUAAUGGAAAAGGAUAAUUUCAGCGCAGACGAUUUUGUUGGAGAAGCAACCAUUUCAUUAGAGCCCAUUUUCACUGAAGGUAGCAUUCCACCAACUGCAUAUAAUGUUGUCAAUCAGGACAAAGAAUACCGUGGAGAGAUUAAAGUUGGACUCAGAUUCACUCCUGAGCCUGAGCAAAACGACGGUGCAUCUGGGGAAUAUGGAAGAAACGACGGUCCAUCUGGGGGAUAUGGAAGAAACGACGGUCCAUCUGGGGAAUAUGGUGGUUCCGAGGAGGGCUAUGGUGGAUGGAAACAAUCAUCUUAUGCUGAGGAGUAGGCUAAUUUGGAUCGGAAGAAUCAUCUUACCCGGAAUGACCUUGUGAUUUACAGUGUAAUGUAUGAUGUUCAUUUAGCUGCCUGGUGUUGGCUUGAGAAAAGAGGAGCUUCAGUCAUGUCAGAGGUUUCUUUUUGGUGUGCUUUUGUGUGCAUCAACUUGUUUGAUGAUUGAAAUAAUCAGUCAAGUUUACUGUUUCUGAUUGCUUUGUAUUUGCUUAACCUCAUAAUUAUCCCCAAUCUAUAAAGUAGGGUAAUGUAUCAUCUGGUUCAAUCUAAUCUAAAAAUAAAACCAUGUUGGUUUGCUUUA